AUGGGAUGUAGGGGCAAGAAACUGGCAGAUUCAGGAACGGAGGAGCAGUGGCAGGUAGUGGCAGGUGUGGGGGGGAGCAGACGCAGGUACGGGAGAAGCGGUGACUGGUAUGGGAGGAGCAGAUGCAGGUAUGGGAGGAGCAGUGGCAGCUACUGCGGCUGGGCUGUAGGCGCAAGAGAAAAAUGGCAGAUUCAGGUACGGGAGGAGCAGUGGAAGGCGCGGGAGGAGCGGUGGCAGGAAUGGGAGGAGCAGUGGGAGGUACGGGAGGAGCAGAUGCAGGUAUGGGAGGAGCAGUGGGAGGUACGGGAGGAGCAGAUUCAGGUAUGGGAUGAGCAGUGGGAGUUACGGGAGGAGCAGAUUCAGGUAUGGGAGGAGCAGUGGCAGCUACUGCGGCUGGGCUGUAGGCGCAAGAGAAAACUGGCAGAGGCAGUUACGAGAGGAGCAGUGGAAGGCGCGGGAGGAGCGGUGGCAGGUAUGGGAGGAGCAGUAGGAGAUACGGGAGGAGCAGCUGCAGGUAUGGGAGGAUCAGUGGAAGGUACGGGAGGAGCAGUGGCAGAUUUGGAAGGAUCAGUGGCAGUGAGUGAAUCUGGUGGUGCAGCAGAGAUGGUACCCUGGAUUUCCUUUCCUGCCUCCUCCUACGCCUCCUCUCUGCACACCUUCUGA